AUGCUAAGUUACCGAUUUAAUCAUAACGAUAAAGGAGCAGGAAUCUUCAAUAUUGACGAAAUACCUACGAAGAAACAAGUAUUAUCCUUGCUUAUGAGUAUUUACGAUCCACUGGGUCUAAUUUUUCAUUUAGUUGUGCAUGGUAAGAUACUAAUGCAGGAACUACACAAAUAUUCCAAACAAUGGGAUAUACUUGUUCCGGAUGAGCUGUAUGAUCAAUGGCUGAACUUCUUACGUAAACUCAAACAAGCGGAAGGCUUAUCGAUCCCGAGAUGCAUUCUAACAGAGCACGCUCCGAUAGAGUUACAUGUUUUCGUUGACACCUCUGAAAAGGCACUUGCAGCUUUUGUAUAUGCUAGAACUGAAACAAGCUUUGGAAUCAAUACGCAGUUAAUAACAGCUAAAACAAGAGUUGUGCCGAUUAAACCAGUAUCUAUUCCACGUUUGGAACUCCAUGCGGCAGUCAUGGGGACAAGGCUAUUAGACGUCGUUCAAAAGGAGAUACGUCUGGAAAUAAAAUCUGCAACAUUAUGGACAGAUUCGAAAACAGUGCUAGCAUGGAUAACAAAUACGAAAAGAAAAUAUACAUCAUAUAUUAACGUCCGAGUCGGCGAAAUAUUGGAUACUACGGCUAAAGAUCAAUGGCGUUGGGUAUCUUCCGAAAACAAUCCAGCUGAUGAGGCUACUAAAGAAUAUGUUGGAGAACCUAAAUGGUUUAAUGGGCCGAAAUACUUCGAAUCACCGUCCGAGAGUUGGACAUUAUCUGGAAAUCAACGGGUUACAGAGAUAGAAGAAAUCUUGUUCUACGGCGAAUGUGACCUUGUAAAUGAAAACGAUUUCUCCGACUGGUGGAGACUACUAAGGCGAUAUCACUACAUCACCAAGUUUAUCAUCAGGUUACGGCAGAAGAGAAUAAAUUUCACAGCCUCUGAUCGAAGAUACGUCGAAAAUAUAUUGUACAGAAAAGCUCAAUGGGAAUCCUUCCCGGUUGAAAUGGAAAGUUUGAUAAGCCAUGGAACUGUGCCAGCUUCUACCAAACUAAUAAAGUUGAAUCCAUUUUUGGAUGAAUUUGGUGUAAUGCGCUCUAGGGGUCGCCUUGAAUAUGCUACAGGACUUCCACAACGACUUAGGACACCUAUCAUACUACCGCAGAAGCAUCAUAUAACAAAACUAAUUGUAAGAAGCGUUCAUGAGCGUUAUUUGCACCGAGGCGAUAACACGGUCAUCGGAGUGCUGCAGCUGGAUUACUGGAUAAUGAAUGUUAGAGCUGUUCUACGAAAUGUUAAGAAAUGCUGCCAAAAAUGCAUAUUGAUGCAUGCUAAACCUGCUAACCCGUUUAUGGCACCAUUACCUACAUGCCGGACACUGCUUGACGUGCCACCAUUUACCAAUACAGGGGUUGAUUAUUUUGGACCGUUCGAAGUACUGGUGCACAGGUCAACCGAAAAGAGAUGGGGUGUAAUAUUUACAUGUUUAUCAUCGAGAGCGGUCCACAUAGAAAUGGCUGAAAAAAUGGACACGGAUACAUUCUUAAUGUGUCUAUCUAACUUCCAGAGUAUACGCGGCAGGGUUAGUCAUCUAUUCAGCGAUAAUGGUACUAACUUCAUUGGUGCUAAUAAUGAAUUGAACGCGUUAGUCAGAGAUAUCGACAGAAUAAUGGAUCAGGAGCAAGCUGCCAAACUAAAAGUACAAUGGACGUUUAAUCCGCCAGCAGCACCACAUUUUGGAGGUGUGUGGGAAAGAUUAAUUAAAGGCGUAAAAGAAUCACUAAACGUACUUUUAGACUCCUUUCCAACUAGUAAGCCAAGACCAGAAACGUUAAGAUCUGCAUUGACGAAGGCAUCGGCCAUAUUAAAUUCUCGUCCACUGACUCAUAUACCAAUCGAUAAUAUUGACGACGAAGUACUUACUCCGUUUCACUUCUUGAUUCUGAGGCCCGGAGAUUUAGUACCGCCGUAUGCACCGGAAACGUCUGGAUAUGAGCGCAAACAAUGGAAGAUAGUGCAACACGUCUGUAAACAAUUUUGGGACCGAUGGAAAAAAUAA